AUGACUUGCAAAGCGCAUUGCCGACAAGUCAACAUGGUUCUUCCCAAAUACUUUUGGGUUAUUUUUGGCAUACUAACUGACUAUAAUACAGAAAAUAGUCGUCCACCAGGUACAAGCAGUCCAAAUCCAAACACGGGCGGUACUCCCAAGACCAAGCGAGCCAGAACAUGUUACACUUCGACUUCUACAACUGGAGAAGUAAUUCCUUGCCAGAAAGUAUCUGAGCCAACCAAGCCGCAACCAAAUCGCACAAUACUUGAACCUGAACGAACGUCAAAUCGGAGUCCGGUUCCAAAAUCGCAGGAUGACAUACAAGAAGGAACGGAAGCAGAAAGCGUCAUCUCCUACUCUGACAUUUGCUUCAUCCAUUCGUCGUCCCAGGAAUUUUCCUGA